CUUUGGCGUAUUUUUCUGCGCACUUUCGGCCAGCGAUAGGCAGAGACAUGGGUGAACAGAGUUUAUAUAAGAACAACUAGAAAGUAAGACGCGCGUUUAGUUAUUCACAAAAUUUCACCCAUCACGAACGUAGAGAGGUCAAUUGGUCAAAAACCGGUCUAAAAUGAAAUUCUUUGCACUGCUGCUGUGUGCGGCGUUUAUUGGUAGCUACGCUGCUGUAAAUGCCAAAAGUUCCAACAAUGAAAAACAAACUAAGACAUCCGCCUCGACUGCUGUUAUCAAACCCACAGAGGCUCCUUUGGUGACAUCCACUGUGGCUCCCACCAAAGCUCCCAAAAUUGCAGUUUCUCCCACCAAAGCUCCCAAUGUAAAGGCCAAUGCCAAGUCGAGCAAUGCUGCCACGAAGACUACAACCAAAGCCAUGGAACCAAAGCCUACCGCCCAAACUCCAAAUACUGAUGAAAAAGAGAUGAUGGAACCAAAUCCCAUCAACAUGCCAGCCAUGGAUGGGGAUAUGUUGGAAUUGCCCAAAGAGAUUAAGCCCUUGGCUGUCACCGGUUUCAUUACCCAAAAUGGCAACAUUUAUGAAAUUACUGACAAAGAUGGUAUUGGCAAAAUUGAGGGCCGCCAAAAUCCCGAGUCGCAAGAUCACAUUUGCAACUAUGGAUCCGUGGUAGUUUACAGUGAUGUUCCCUGCGAUGAAGUGACCAGUAUUAAGAUUAGCGAAUUCAAACAACCCGCCAACAAAGACAAGGAAGAAGAAGAAGAGUCCAAGCCCCAGGAGGAAAACCCUGCCAAUGGACAGGAUCAAAAUGCAAACAAAGAUGAAACUAAUGUUGGAAAUAAAGAUGAAAACAAAGAUAAAGAAGAUGAGGAAGAACAAGAUGCCAACGAGGUGAGACCCGUUAGACGUCGCCCCAACAGCAAGAAACCCCGUAAUAAGAACCGAAGACGCCAGCAAGCAAACAAACGCCGUAACGGUGCAAGACGCAAAAAUCGUCCGGUCAGACGUCAAGGUCAAAAUCAACGUCGCAGCCAAGAUGAACAGGCCUUGGCCCAACAAUACAGACGUCGUCAACAGCAAAAGAGACGCCGUGCCCAACAAGCCAAUGGUGGCGUCCGUCGCCAGGGACAAAAUCAACGUCGCCGCAAUCGCGGUGGCAACAACAGACGUCAACAGGCCUACAUUGAUGACUACGAUUAUUUAGAUUACAACCGUGGUCGUAGCUUUUAAGUGCCAUGAAUUGAAGGGAAAUUUCUACGAAAAUUUGAGAAUGAUUUAAUUUAUUUACGAA